CUAAGCUGGAGCUUCUUUUGAGCAAUGGCUGAGGUAGAGGGCAUUCAGAAUCUUGUGGCUGCUAGGAAUUUUUUGAAAUCUAGCUUAGAGAAAUCAAAAGCUCUUGCUUCUGCAAUAGAGAAAACUGGACCAAGAUUGGAAGAGAUUCACCAAAGAUUACCAGCACUAGAAGCUGCCUUCCAGCCCAUCCUUGUGCAGAUGCGUGCUCUUGUUGCAGUUAGAGGCCAUAUAAAUCGUGCUGUUGCACCUGCAGCUGCAGUUCUGAAGGUAUUUGAUGCAGUCCAUGAGCUCAAGAACUCGCUCUUGUCUAACCCAUGUUUGGAUCUCCCUGAAUACCUCACAGUCAUGAACCAGCUAGAGGAGGCAUUGAAGUUCCUCGCUGGCAAUUGUAGACUAGCAAUUCAGUGGUUGGAAGACAUUGCUGAAUUUCUGGAAGAGAAUGCUGUAAUUACCAAUGAUCGAUACCUCUCAAAUUUGAAUAAGUCCCUGAAAAUUCUUCAGGAGCUAGAGGUGGCCAUGAAGCAUGCCUCACUUAAUGGAGGACUUCUAAAUGUUGCAUUUGACCAGCUAGAAAUUGAAUUCAAGCGACAACUUGCAGAAAUCAGUGUUCCGGUUCCAAAGGCAGCAAAAGUGUCCAUUGCUCCCUCACCUUUACCACUUUCUGUGAUUAAGAAGUUGGAAGCCAUCAUUGAAAGAUUAAAAGGUAAGGACCAGCUUGAAAAUUGUGCUUCUGCUUAUAUUGAAGUUCGGAUCUCAAAUGUUAAAGCAAGCUUACAAGCUCUUGAUUUGGACUACCUCAAGCUAUCAAUAUCCAAAUUUGACUAUGUGCAGAUUGUGGAGGGUUCAAUAGAUGAAUGGAGCAAGCAUCUAGAGUUUGCUGUGAAGUAUCUGCUUGAGCUUGAGCACAAACUCUGCAACGAACUCUUUGGAAAAAUAGGAUUGGAUUUCAGUAUCAAUUGCUUUGCAAAGAUAGUCACAAAAUCGGGAUUCCUUGAUUUUCUCCAAUUCGGAAACAAAGUUACUGAAAGUAAGAAGGACCCUAUAAAGCUCUUGAAACUAUUGGAAAUUUUCUCAGCUCUUAACAACCUGAGAUUGGAUUUUAAUAGACUUUUCAGCGGGAAAGCUUGCAUUGAUAUCCAGACUAUGACCCGAAAUCUCAUUAAGAGGAUUGUCUACAGGGCUCACAAGAUUUUCUGGGAGCUUUCGCCCCAAGUGGAAUCACAAAGGCAGACUCCUCCACCUGCAGAUGGCACUGUUCCGAGGCUAGUAACCUUCGUCACUGAAUACUGCAAUCAGCUUUUGGGGAACAAGUACAAGCCCAUCUUGACCCACAUUCUGGCAAUUCAUCAGAGCUGGAAGCACGAGAGAUUUCACGAGGAACUUAUAAUAGAGGAGAUUCGUAAUAUAAUGAAGGAACUUGAGCUGAACCUUGAGGCAUGGUCAGACACCUAUGAUGACACAGCCCUGUCCAACAUUUUCAUGAUAAACAAUAUGUGGUAUUUCUAUACAACUCAGCAUAACACACAUCUUGGAGCUUUGAUGGGGGAUGGCUGGUUAAGGGGACAUGAACAGUCAAUGGAGUAUUUCAUCAGUGCCUACUUAGGAGAUAGUUGGGGAAAGCUUGCUGCUCUGUUGAGCCAGGAGGGUCAAACAGUGUUAUCUGACAGGAGGGAAACCACCUGUAAUUUGUUGAAGAAAAGACUAAAGGAAUUUAAUGAAGAAUUUGAUGGAAUACAAAAGAAGCAUUCCAACUAUGUAUUGUCUGACAAAAGGUUAAGGGAAAAGAUAUGCCAGCUCAUCAUCCAGGUGAUUGUUCCAGUGUAUAGAAGUUACUUGCAGGAUUAUGAGACCCUGAUUGAAUUGGACACGGGUGACAGCAAGUACACAAUAUACAAUGCAGAGAAUUUGGAGAAUAUGCUUAGCUCUCUCUUCCAGCCAAAAAUAUGGACAUGCGGCAGCACCAAGAACACACAUUUGAUCAGCCAAACCAGAAGUGCUGUUACCAAUCGGACUGGCUUGGCUCUUAUCGCCACUUGAUUUAUGAGCUAUCCCUUAGGUAAUUGGCUUUUCUAACACCCACUGAAAGAGAAGGGUAUAUUUUUUAUUUAAAAAACGAAAAAGAAAAGGCAAAAAACAGUUUUUCACCUUGAACUUUGUGGUUUGUUUAUAAAUGGCCCCUUUAGUAUUGAUUGCAAUUGGAUGCUCUAGACUGAAUUAACCUUGAUAAUACAUUUGACACAAUAAUACUAUUGGGGGUAUUUAGAACCCAACCCCAAUGUUUAAGGUCCAAAAAUUCAAUCCACAAUUGCUCCUCCCUUCCCCACCACCUGCCUGCAGUGCACAUUUGAAGCUCCUCUUCCUUGCCACAAGUGUUUGCAAGAGGUUCUCAGAGAAAACCAAUAUUUCAUGAUGAUCUAAGUACUAAUCACCAGAAAAAGAAUUUUCUUUUUAAUUAUUUUAGUUUCUAUAGUUUUAAGGUCAGCAUUAUUUUACUCACGUCUUAGCUUAUUGACUUAACUGGUACAUCGUUGAUGCUGAAAUUUUUUGUAUUAGAAAAGUCUCUGCAUUUGCUAGGAUGAAUGUUAUGUGCAUGCCAUCUUUAAUGGAGCUUGUAGAUCUUUAAAAUUUAGG